CCAGUACUACUGGCCUGAGAUGGGAAUGCAGCAGCAGCAGAAUCUCGGACGGAGACGCGGGAUGAGUGUGUGAGGCAACAUUACAGACGCCGCGAUGCCGUUUUCUCCGCUUUGGAUAUAGCAUUUCAAAAUAAAAUCAAGUCAUGGAUGUUAUCGCCUUUCGUGCUCAGCUGCUUUUUUCUGCCCAUUUCUCCUGAGCUGCUGGUACAAAGGAGCUCGCUGCGGAGCAGCACCUGGGAUUUACACACUUACGAUACGGCAGGAGUGAAAGGAAUAACCGCCGCGUGAAGAAUUCAAGAAAAAACAACAGAACAAGACGAGGAUGCUUGAGUAAACCGAGCAAGAUUGAAGGAUUUCUCCCGAAGAAAACGGACCACUCGUGUCCUCCAGAUAGCUGUCAUUGUUCGGAAGAUUUAAAAAAAAUUGCUCUGAAACUAUUUUUCUUGAAAUAAUGCACGAGGAGGAAGAAGUGGAAAGUGGCUAUUUGUCCCCCUCCCCGUGUCGCGCAGUCUCCGUGGCUCUUGGUCCGAGUCGGAUGUUCUGCUGCGGCUGCGCAGCCCGCGACAAGUGUCUGCAGUCGGCCCGCGCGCUCCUCACGAGCCUCCUGUAAACCGUCGAUUGACUCGACGUGUUCGCUGUUUCGUGACGUAGUGGGGUCAAAGUGAACACUUGGCGUUACCUUUAACUCCUUUCUUCCUUGUCUUUAUUUUCAGUGGACACCGAAAAUUAACUAUGGUGGAGCCUGUGGGGUUCAUUGAGGCAUGGAAGGCCCAGUUCCCAGAGUCCGAGCCCCCAAAGAUGGAGCUGAGGUCAGUAGGGGGCAUUGAGCAGGAGUUGGAAAAGUGCAAAGCGUCCAUCAGACGCCUGGAGCAGGAAGUGAAUAAGGAGCGCUUCCGCAUGAUCUACCUGCAGACCCUUUUGGCCAAAGAGAGGAAAAGCUAUGACAAACAGCGGUGGGGCUUCAGGAAGACACCUCUGAAUGAGGGGUUGGACCCUGAAGCCACACAGGGGGCAGAAUCCCAGCAACCUCAUGUCCAAGAGACGGGUGGUGUUGGAGGGUAUGCUAGUGUUGGGGAUAGGAGUCGUUUUCAGCCUCUCGGAGAUGGAAGGUCCAAGCCCAGACCACCACCAGCCAGGAAGUCGGCCUCUCAUGGUGACGGCCUGGAAGCAGCCUUUGACAUUCCACCACAGGCUGAAUCCAGCUCCUGUGAACACCUUGACGGCCUCUCGCCGUCCAAGCAGAGAUGCGGCGUUACGAUGUCACCACGCAGGCCCACCUUACCACCCCCAGACAAAGAACUGCCCUCUGACCCCAAGGACAAGCUAGGAAUGGGACUUGGUGUGGCAGCUCUUCGAUCCAACUUUGAGAGGAUCAAACGGGCCAACUCUCACUCUGCUGGGGAUGUAACCAAGGGGCAGGAGAAGCACCUGCCACCACCACCUCCUCCCCCACCAUUUUACACCAACAUGGAAUUCCAUCACGAGAGGGGUUUGGUUCGUGUUAAUGACCGGGAGUUGUCUGAGAAGAUCAGCUCCCUGGGUAGUCAGGCUAUGCAGAUAGAGCGGAAGAGAUCCCUACAUUCGCUUCCUGGUAAUUUGGCCACAGUGGCAGGCGAUCUCAGACCCAAACCGGUGUACAGAGGACGAUCCACUGAGAGCACAUGUGGGUACGACGCAGAAUAUGAAGAUGGUGAACCCAAUCAGCGACAUUCAGGGAGGGCCAACGGUGGUAAACCUCCACCUCCUUGGCAGCCUUCAGAAUUUCAGGCCUACUCUAGUGUCUACGUUGGAGGGGUAAUGAUGGGUGAAGGUGGUAGUGGAGAUGGAAGAGGGAGUGGUGCGGUCACAAUGAGAGACCACGGGGGAGGGGACGACCACCUCCUGACCUGGCCGCGCCGUUCAUACUCUCCAGGCAGCUUUGAGGAUGCAGGAGGAGGUGGCGGCUACACGCCGGACUGCAGCUCCAACGAGAACCUGACAUCCAGUGAGGAGGACUUCUCGUCCGGCCAGUCCAGUCACAUCUCACCCAGCCCCACCACGGCCUUCCGGCGGCCCUUGAGGGAGAAGAGCCGCUCCCCGUCUCAGAAUUCCCAAAACUCGCAACACUCCUUUGACAGCAGCAGCCCGCCGACGCCACAGUCACAAAAACGUCACCACCGGCAGCAUGGAGGACAUGUCGUCAUGUCUGAGGCCACCAUUGUAAGCGUUCGCAAGACUGGUCAAAUAUGGCCACCUGCUGCCCAUCAUGACCUCAUGUCUCAUGGGAGAACAUCCCACGACAACAGUUUCCAUGGAGACCACCUCGAUGGUCAUUACACCAGCACCCCUCCACCAUACGGCUACGAUGCAGACCGAGCAGAAGAGCAGCGGAGGCACCACGACAUCCUGCCGUUCAUCGACGACUCGCCUUCCUCCUCUCCCCACCUCAGCUCCAAGAGUCGCAGCAGCAGGGACACGCUCUCCUCCGGGUCUCUGGAGUCCUCCAAGUCGACCGAGUGUGACUUGGAAAAAGGGUUGGAGAUGAGGAAGUGGGUCCUGUCUGGAAUCCUGGCUACAGAAGAAACAUACCUCAGUCACCUGGAGGCUUUGCUGCUGCCUAUGAAGCCUCUGAAGGCCGCUGCUACGACGUCCCAACCUGUUCUCACUGUGGCCCAGAUAGAAACCAUCUUCUUCAAAGUGCCUGAGCUGUACGAGAUCCACAAGGACUUCUACGACGCACUUUUGCCCCGCGUCCAGCAGUGGAGCCACCACCAGCGAGUCGGGGACCUCUUCCAGAAACUGGCUGGCCAGUUAGGAGUUUACCGGGCGUUCCUGGACAACUACGAGCUGGCUGUAGAGACGGCAGAGAAGUGCUGCCAAGCCAAUGCGCAGUUUUCUGAAAUCUCAGAGAAUCUAAAAGUGAGGAGUCCAAAGGACUGUAAAGAGACAGCCAAGACCUCUUUAGAAGCUUUAUUAUACAAACCCGUGGACAGAGUGACUCGCAGCACAUUGGUGUUACAUGACUUGCUCAAACACACCCCGACCAGUCAUCCAGACCACCCCCUCCUGCUGGACGCCUUGAGGAUCUCCCAGAACUUUCUGUCCAGCAUCAACGAGGAGACGACCCCCAGGCGCCAGUCUAUGACCGUCAAGAAGGGAGAGAACCGUCAGCUCCUGAAGGACAGCUUCAUGGUGGAGCUAGUCGAAGGAGCCAGGAAGCUUCGGCACGUCUUCCUCUUUACGGACUUGCUGCUCUGCGCCAAGCUGAAAAAACAGAUCGGAGGUAAAAACCAGCAAUACGACAGCAAGUGGUACAUCCCCCUGACUGAGCUGACCUUCCAGGGUCCCGAGGAGGCAGAUCCUCUUACAAUCCCCCAAGUCCCCGAUGAAGAGUUGGAUGCCAUUAAGGUCAAGAUCUCCCAUCUUCGGAGUGAGAUACAGAAAGAGAAGAGAGCAAACAAGGGUUCGAAAGUCAUCGACCGCCUCCGGAAAAAGCUGUGUGAGCAGGAGUCUCUGCUCCUGCUGAUGUCUCCCAGCAUGCCCCUCAGACUCUACAAUAAGAAUAACGGAAAGAGCUACAGCUUCCUUAUUUCAUCUGACUAUGAGCGUGCAGAGUGGAGGGAGGUCAUCAAAGAGCAGCACAAGAAGUGUUUAAAAGCCACCUCCCUGACUUCCAUGGAGCUGCAGAUGCUGACCAGCUCCUGUCUCAAACUGCAAACUGUACACCACAUUCCACUUAGCACAAACAAAGAUGAGGAUGAAUCCUCCGGUCUCUAUGGAUUCCUGAAUGUUAUCGUCCACUCUGCCUCCGGCCUCAAACAGAGCCUGAAUCUCUACUGCACAUUGGAGGUGGACUCUUUUGGUUUCUUCUCAAACAAAGCCAAGACGAGAGUGUAUCGAUAUACCACCGAACCAAAGUGGAAUGAGGAGUUUGAGAUCGAGCUGGAGGGCUCUCAGACCCUGAGGCUCCUCUGCUAUGAGAAGUGUUACAACAAGACCAAGCAGAACAAAGAGGAUGGAGACGGAACAGACCGCAUCAUGGGGAAAGGACAGAUCCCGCUGGAGCCUCAGAGUCUUCAAGGCAAAGAUUGGCAGAGAACAGUCAUUCCUAUGAAUGGGAUUGAGGUGAAACUUUCCAUGAAGUUCACCAGCAGAGAGUUCAGUCUAAAGCGGACGCCUACAAGGAAGCCCAUGGGCGUGUUUGGUGUAAAGAUCUCUUCCGUGACCAAGCGAGAGCGCUCCAAGGUGCCCUACAUCGUUCGGCAGUGCUUAGAGGAGAUAGAGCGGAGGGGAAUGGAGGAGGUGGGAAUAUACCGCGUCUCAGGAGUGGCCACUGACAUCCAGGCUCUGAAGACCGCCUUCGACACCAAUAACAAAGAUGUAUCAGUGAUGAUGAGUGAGAUGGACGUGAAUGCCAUUGCGGGGACCCUGAAGCUGUACUUCAGAGAGCUGCCCGAGCCCCUCUUCACCGAUGAGCUCUAUCCUAAUUUCACAGGCGGAAUCACCCUCUCGGACAGCGUUGCCAAGGAGAGCUGUAUGUUAAACUUGCUGCUGUCACUGCCAGAACCCAACCUCGUCACGUUCCUCUUCCUCCUGGAUCACUUGAAAAGAGUGGCAGAAAAGGAAAGUGUCAACAAGAUGUCUCUCCACAACUUGGCGACGGUGUUUGGGCCGACGUUGCUGAGGCCCUCAGAGAAGGACAGUAAGAUCCCCACUAACCCCACGCAGCCCAUCAGCAUGGGCGACAGCUGGUCCCAGGAGGUCAUGGCACAGGUCCAGGUGCUGCUGUACUUCCUCCAGCUGGAGACCAUCCCCACCCCAGACAGUAAACGACAGAGCAUCCUCUUCUCCACUGAAGUAUAGAGCUAAAUUGGACUCUCUCCUCAAAACUCUCAGAAGGGGGAUGGACACUGGCUCAAAGUGAGCUUUCUGUAGUGUGUUUUAGAACUGACCAGUUGUAUUCUGCAUCGCUCCUUCAGAUAACUGAGCACAAGAGGGCGCCACUGAGCCUCACGAGGACUUAGUCAUUGCCAUUUGUCUGAAAACUCUAUUUAGUUUUUCUCUCUUUCUGCCAUUUCUACAUUUCCUUACAGUUGUGAAAACACUGAAUGAAGAAGUUAGAAUGAACUUUGAUACGUCUUGCAGAAUAUUACAACGUCCUGCUCAAUUUUGUCUUUGUUUUGGACAAUCACAAGGUCGUGUAAAAACGUCUUUUCCCACCUCAAGAUUCGCUUCUUGCCACGAUAAAAACUUUAAGUGUGUCUUACGUCGCCUCAAAACUUUCUCUCUUUCCCUUGAGAUUUUUUAUUUUACUUCAAAACGUUCAUCUUUUUCCUUAAUUUCUGUGUCCUGAAAAACACAGGAAGCCAGAAACCUCGUGAAGUGUUUACAACGUAAACAAACCCGCUUGGAGUCAAAAGUAUUUUAGAGAAAUAUAAAGAGCCUCUGUGCUCUUUUGUUUUUGCAACCAGAGAAGCAAAUGCCCUUUGUUUGUGUUGUUUUCCUCACCAGGUAGUUUUUAGCUUAAAAACCCAGGAAGCAAUAUCUUUUCUAACAUGCUUGUGUUCAUGUCUUUGACAGACUGUGCAUUGUGUGGUAACAAAGGACGUCUUACCAAACUGAAAUGUGUUUUUGUCUCUUAAAAAAAGAGAUGAUUACAUUUGCAGAAAAAGGUUCCUGUAAAUAAACUUUAAACUCGUGUUUUUUUAAUUGUUUUCAUCAUCGGUUUUUGCUGUUAUAUUAAUUUAUUUCACAGGCAUGGCUCAGAAGUCGGGUUUUCUACGUGAACCUUUCUUCUUGAGGGAAGUCUUAGCUUUGAGUUUAGUUAAUAAGAACAUCAAGUUUGCCCAUUCAUGGCUUUUCUGAAGGUAACACUCUCCUUGUUGUUUUUUGCUGCUGUAGAAAAGGCACAAGCUCUUUAACCGCUGGGUGAUCCUCAGCGUGAUGGUCUCGCGUUCAGAGACCGCCGCCUGUCUGCUGUAGACUUUAUGCAAGGUCCUGAUAUAGCACAUCCAAACAAACUUGGUCUCCUUUUUGUACGAUUUCAUUUCGGGCUCCGGAGGUGCAAUUUCACAACUACUGUAUGAAAAUUCAAGUGGCCUAAGCACCCUGCGUUAACGUCCAAUGAAGAGAAAAUCUGAAGGAAUUUUUCCUUUUUGCCGUCAUUUCAUGAUAUAUUUAAAAAAAAAAAAUUUCCCACACAAGUCGUUUUUUUUCCAAUUUUUACUUCAGUUGUUUCAAACAUGCAGGCAUGUUUUAUGUUGUUGUUUUUUUCUGUUUUGGGUGGCAUCUUGGUCAUAGAUGAGUCAUCGUUGACUUACCGAUCUGCAGGAUUUCCCUUUUCUGGCCAGUAUCACCCAGGCUGUGAUUUAUGUGAUGACAUGAAGACCACUUGCUUUAGAAAAAGAAAAAAAAUGUGGCAUGACAGCAUUGAAUUGAAGAGAUCCAAAAACGACUGUUUACUGUGAGGUCUAAGGGUUAGGUCUGCUCAUCGGUGCUCUAGACCUUUGUUCCUUGAGUCAUUCUUGAAAAGUUUAUUCAGUUGCCAAAGCAGCAUCCACAAUAAUUCUUUAACCCCAGAUCUCACAGCCAACUUACUAUUACUCUAUUUUAAGGCAGAAAAACAAAAAAAGCUUUUAAUUUUGGAUUUAUGAGCAACUGAGGUCAGACAAAACUGCAAAAAUUAUGUUUUUGAAUACACAACGGCCAUCUAAAGAAUGUGAUGACAGAUUUUCCCGUUGGCAAGGAUCCAGUAGUUUUUUUCAAUAAAUCAAACAAAGCUUUUUUUUUCCUAGUCACGUUCUACUCUUUUUUUCUUUUCUUUUUUUAUACUGUUUUGUCUUAUUUUGCUUUUCUACAAUGACUGUGUUGCUUCAUCUGUGUUUAAGUUUUGUUGAUGGAAAGAUGACGUCUCCCAGCCCUUCUUUCAUUCAUCCUACUCUGCUGUCACAAGUCCUGCUCCACCCUAUCGUGCCUCAACACUUAAGUGUUUAGAGUCAGUACAAACUCUCACAGUGUUAACCUUCUUUCCCCUGUUGCCUUUGCUGAAGCGUCCGCGUGUCUCUGACAGGCUAAGACAGGACCUUACUUUGAAGCAUGGUCUUAGCUCCAUCGGUGGAGAAGCUUUUUGAGCAUUUAUUCCACCACCACUGCUAAAAACAGUUUUUUUUUCUAUCCAAGCUAGCAUUUUUGUGGGCACAAAUUAGCAUUUUGUGAAACACAUUAGCAUAUUAUGCACAAAAAUUAGCAUUUUUUUAGGCACAAAUGAGCAUUAUGUGCACACAACUUUGCUUUUUAAGGGCACAAAUUACUAUUUUUUGUGCACAAAUUAUCAUUUUGUGAACACCUAUGAGAAUUUUGUGCCCACAUAAAUUAGCAUUUUGUGGGCACAAAUUUGCAAUUUGUGCGCACAUUAAUAUUUUGUGUGCACAAAUGAGUAUUUUAGGAAGUAGGAACUGAUGAUACUUAUUAGAUGCUAAUUUGUGGCACAUAAAAUGCUAUUAAAAUGCAAAUCUAUGGCCAAAAAAAAUACAGAUUUGUGCACACAAAAAACAAAAUCUUGGCCACAUUAUCAUUUUAGAGAAAUAUUUAUAAUUUUUUUUGUUUUUAUGUCAUGUCAGGGCUCCGUAGCUUCCCUAAUAUACUGCAUGUACUGUGAGAACACCGUCUUUUAGCAGCAAUGGAGGCAUAGGAGGCCUUAUUCUAAACACUAGGCCCACUUCUUUAUUAGCAUUAAAAUAAAAUUUUACUAUUCAACAUUUGAAAUCACACAAGUUAACUAGCAUGGUAAAAAAUGCACUUACUAGUUGACUGGUGGAUCCAUUUGGUUCUACUAAUGAACAUUUUUAAAUGAACUAGUUUACCAGUAAGCUUCAAAAAGCAGAAACUAAAAUAAAAAACACUGUUCAGUAAAUUGGUCAGACUUUUUAAGUCUAAGUGGUGUGCUGUGACAUAUUUUGACAAUUAUCCAUAAAAAGGCUUAGCUUAUUCAUUAAUGGUGGUAAAACAAAAAAGCUUGUUGAUAUCUGUGAUAAUGAAUAAAUGCUCCAAUGGCUUUAAACGAGUGUUUUACCUGACUGUGAUGCUGACUGACUGAAGCUGUGUUGUCGUUAACAGACACAGCUUUGUCUCUUCUAUUGCCUUUUUAAUUAUUCUUUAUUUAUACGUCUCCCAAGUUGAUUUACUUGAUUAAAACAGUUUUGUUUCCAAGUUGAAACAUUUGCUUCACUUUCCCGCUCAUCUUCGGCUGCUUGUGUCAUCGGCAAACUGGACUCUUUGAUUGUUUACCUUAACGGUUUCAGAUGAAACUGCUCCUGUACUUUUUCAUGAGUUUGUAUACUAUGUAUUAUAAUAGACCAAACAGAAUUAGUUUUCUCUUUUAUUUAUUGUGGUGUCACCGGUUUCUGCUCUUUGAGCUUCCAGCUGGUUCACCUUUAGUCUCUUUGGAAAUUUGAAGUGUAAGUCUGUGGUAGAGGAGAGAGGAGCCUUCCGUGGCUCCAAAUUGUUUUGUUGAUUGUCGCUGUAUCUGCAUGUCCACUCAUAACCUCAAACCGAGCCAAAAAGGUUAGACUGUCGGUGGACUCGUACCAAGAUAUGGUGCAUCUUGCUUUUCUAGGACAGUUGUAAAUCUUCUGCAUUUAUUGUACAUGACCCUGGUACUUAUCACCACAUUUCCAUACUAUAGUUAAUUCAUUCAAAUGGCCUUCCGCAGCCAUUUCUUUAACAACGGGCUACCAAGAAAUUGGACUUCUCUAGGGAACACUGUAGGUUGUUUUAUUUGUCAUGCCUACAUGUAAAGGGAAGGAGAAGCCCUGAUGACCAACCACGAAUGCUCUCUUUUUAGUCCUCGAUUUCUGACUCUUCUACUUGUUAAAUAUUCUGUGUCCUGCUUGUAGAACUGUAAAAAGUCAAGUAUUCUGAGGUCAAACAUGGGAAGCAUUUGCAGCCUAUGUUUGUACACAAAAACAAUGUUAAAUAAAAUCUCCUGUAUGAACAUAAA